UAUGAUUGAAAUGAUAUUGGCAAGCAAACAACGGGACGGAGGAGGAGAAUGUGUAAAUUAAAAAGGGCGAUAUUCAGUGGUGUGCUGUGCGCGUUGAAUUAUGAAUUAAUUGUGUUGUGUGGAUGCUUUGAUCUGGAUUUUAUGUACUUUCAUUUUUGCCAUUAUCCAAUUCCAAUCCGGUAUUCAUGGCAUUUGCCAUUUGUGUUUGCCUGCUUGUUUUGUGUAGUGAGUGAAACUGAUCAGUCAGUGCUGUAGAAAUUUGCGGAUUUCAUUCGAACGUUGUUUUGAGCAACAGCAUUGAGAAAUAGCGUGUGCGUUGCUGAUUUUCCAUGGAGAGAAGAUAACCUUGGAGUAGUACAAGAGGCCAUAGCCCCCCCAACCAAUAAAUAAUCUAGACUACUAUUGUAUGCACUUUGUGCUUUAGUCCCCCUUUGGAAUUGGUAUCAAAGUGGAGCAGCCGUUUGUGGGAGUAAUAAUCCAUUACAACAAAUACUCAAUUGUGUUGUAAACAUACAUUUUUAUUUGUUCUCGUUGUUGUACCUACGUUGUACAGGAGAUGAUAAGUUUUGCUCGAAUUGCGAAAACAUUCUAAGUGAAGUAGUGUUCCGUUCCGUUCCACCCAGCCAGCCAGCCAGCUGCGCAAUCAUCAUACAUACUAGUUUAAUAUUGGCAAUCAAAACAACAAAUGUGUUUUUGUUUAUUUUAGAUACUGCGAACGAACGGGGUAUAGCUCAUCGAAAUGAUUCACGUUGGUGAGAAUACAUGGAAUCUGAGGAUCUUCAUUACGGAUCUACAGGUGGAAAAGCACCUCAGGGUCAAGGGAGAUCAGCAUAUUGGUGGCAUAAUGCUGCAACUGGCCGACAAUGAGAAUCCCAAAGAUUGGUCGGAUCACGCCCUGUGGUGGCCGGAGAAGAACAUUUGGUUGACGCGAACACGAUCGACCUUGGAUCAGGUGGGUGUACAAGCUGACACGUUGCUGCAUUUUACACCCAUGCACAAGGUACUGCGUGUCCAGCUACCCGAUCUGCGAUACCUCGAUUGUCGUGUGGAUUAUUCGGCAAAAACCUUUGCUGCCGUUGUUAAUCUGUGCAAAGACUUGGAUAUACGUCACCCAGAGGAGUUGUCGUUUUGUAAACCCCUAGAGGCCGAGCAUUUGAAGAAAAACUUUGGCAAAUUUCCUCCCAAAAAGGUGCCCAUCGUUGAACCCAAUGGCACGGUGUAUUUACAGCCAGCUCCAGACACGAAUUCCUUUAUACCGCUAAACUCCGCAUAUCGUGGUAGCAAUGGUAGCCUGGAUCGUACACAGAAUGGUAAUUUCCUGUGUGCCCCAGUCUCACCGUAUGGCACAACACCGCGUAGAACAGCUGGCACAGCACCCGGUACACCCAUAGGUUCGCCAACUGGAACCUGGAAAGCUAGCAGCAAUGGCUAUGCAACAUAUGAUUCUGGUUCAAGCCUAGGAGAUUUCCAAGAGAAUUUGGCCGCCUCUCCACGCUGUCCCAGUCCAGAUGUAAGAUCACGUUUGGUGCGUCCAAAAACUUUGAUUGAAAAGGCUCGAAUGAAUGUCGGCUGGUUAGACUCCUCCCUUUCUAUUAUGGAGCAGGGGAUACGCGAAUACGACACCCUGUGUCUACGCUACAAAUACUACACUUUCUUCGAUCUAAAUCCCAAAUACGAUCAGGUGCGUAUCAAUCAAUUAUAUGAACAGGCAAAGUGGUCGAUCCUGAACGAAGAAAUCGAUUGCACCGAUGAGGAGAGUCUAAUGUUUGCGGCCUUGCAAUUCCAAAUCAAUCAACAAAAUGAAACCUAUCAGGGCAUGGAUUCUUCGCGGCUUGACUCAUCGCAUGCCGGCAAUGGUGCGGGAACAGAUGAUGACAUUGAUUCGGCCCUAAAUGAAUUGCAAAUCUCUUUGGAGGGUGGCCAGACAAGUACGGAUGCCAAUAUUACAAAGAUACCUGAGCUAUCGGACUAUUUGAGUUUUUUGAAGCCUCGAAAGUUCACGCUGAAGGGUUACAAAAGAUAUUACUUUACAUACCGAGAUCUGCACUUGCAUCUCUACAAAAGUGCAGAAGAAUCAAGACGUGCAGCUCCGGCAAUUACCAUAAAUCUGAAAGGGUGUGAGGUGACACCAGACAUUGUUUUGUCACAGGGUAAGUUUUCCAUACGUCUAGAGGUGCCACCCGAGGGCGGUAAUGGUCCCAACAGUGAAGUUUGGAUACGUUGUGAAAAUGAGGAUCAGUAUGUCAAAUGGAUGGCUGCUUGCCGUUUGGCAUCGAAGGGACGCUCCUUGGCCGACAGUUCGUACGAAAGCGAGGUUUCGAAUAUCAAAACUCUAUUGAAUUUACAAAAACCUGCUCACGGAGUGGCGGUCAACAUUGACCCUCGUUCCAUCGAUGCCAACGAAUACCUGUCACCAAGAAUGCUGCGAAAGCUUUCGAGCAAGGCCGCUCAUCGUAUACUCGAAGCACAUGCAAACGUGAGUCAACUUUCGCUGAUCGACUCAAAGUUGAAAUACAUACAGGCCUGGCAAUCGUUGCCCAACUUUGGUGUGUCAUUUUUCGUUAUCAAAUUCGAUGGUCAUAAGAAGGAAGAACUCUUGGGUGUUGCCCACAAUCGCAUUAUGCGCAUGGACUUGAACACAGGCGAUCACAUCAAGACCUGGCGCUACAAUACUAUGAAAGCAUGGAAUGUUAAUUGGGGCAUCAAGUGCAUGAUGAUUCAAUUCCACGAUGAGAAUGUCGUCUUCUCGGUACAAUCGGCCGACUGUAAGGUGGUGCACGAAUUUAUUGGCGGUUACAUAUUCAUGUCGAUGCGUUCUAAGGAAAACAACCAGACACUCAACGAGGAAAUGUUCCACAAGCUAACCGGCGGCUGGGUUUAAAGCAAGCAAUACGUUUGUCAUCUAGUUUUAUGCGGUCUCCAAAUGGGGAGAGCCAAAAUAGUAAAUUCUAAAUGUGCCAAGCACAACUAAUGCAUGUUGAUGAUACUAAUCAAUGUCCGGUUUCAAUAUUCUUCAGUUAUUAUUAUCUUAACCAAAUAACUUUGUAUACCUACCAAUUUACUACCUAACUACCUACCUACUACAUAUAUAUUGUGUACUAAUUAUUAUGAAACUACCUACAAUACUACUUCAGACUACCAUCAAAUAUUAAGAUCCGUAAAGUUCUAAUCAAAUGAAACCCAAGAUUUUUUUUUAAUUUAAAAUAUUUUAUCAUAUAAAAUAUAUGUAUGUAUGUUAUGUAAAAAAUAAAUCAAUUAAUGUUUUACAAUGAAUUUUUCUAUGUAAGUAAUGAUUUUGAAAACUAACUCAAAAGCAUACAUGUGUGUGUGUGAAUUUGAAACAUUUUUUUAUUGCGAUUCUAAUAAAUUAUUGUAAAUCAUA